AUGACCCUGUCGACGCUGCUGUCGACUCUCCUCGUCCCGCUCACCUCGCUCGUCCAGUCGCCCUUCCAGCAACCCUCGUCCCGCUCCAUGACGGACCAAGUGGACCUCCUCAUCCUCGGCGCAGGGUGGACAGCCUCCUUCCUCGUCCCUCACUUGCGCGCACACCACCCAAACCUCUCGUUCGCAGCGACAACCCGCGACGGACGAGACGACACCCUCAAGUGGUCCUUCGACCCCGAUCGCGAGGGGAAGGACCAGUUUGAGGGACUACCGAAGGCGAGGGCCGUGUUGGUGACGUUCCCUAUCAGGGGAGAGGGCGGGAGUAGGAGAUUGGUGCAAGGGUACGAGGAGCAUGCGGGUUCGAGGGCGAGGUGGAUUCAGUUGGGCUCGAGUGGGAUCUGGGACGGCGGUCCAACUCUCGCCUCUCUCCGCGCCUCCUCCCCUUCCUCAACCGCGAAACCCCCUCCGUUCCAAUGGACGACCCGCCACUCUCCCUACGACCGUACGAACCCCCGCGCAAUCGCAGAAGACGAGCUCCUGUCGCAACAUGCCGACACGAUCGUGCUGAACCUCGUCGGACUGUGGGGCGGCACCCGCAACCCACUCAACUGGUUCGCCCGCAUCGCGCCCACCAAAUCCGCCCUCGAACAAAAAGGUUCUCUCCACCUCAUCCACGGGCUGGACGUAGCACGCGCAAUAGUCGCCGUCGUCCUCGCUCCUACACUCCCUCGCUCUGCGGAAAGUGUGAGGGAGGGGAGGGGAGAGCGGUGGGUUGUAAGUGACUUGAGGGUCCUGGAUUGGUGGGACCUCGUCUCUUCCCACCCUUCUCCCCCUCCUUCCUCCGCCUCGCACGAUGGCGAAUCCUCCCCCGACCGCACCAAGUGGGUCCUAGACCUCAUGCACACCCACAACAUCCGCGGGCUCCCUCGCUCGCCGGAGGAAUUGGGGAGGGCGAUCGAUUCGAGCGAGUUUUGGAGGGCAUUUGGGGUUGGCCCGGUUAAGGGGAGGUGGGAGGAGGGGAAACUGUGA